AUGAAAUGCAGGUCGCAUUGCGGGACGAGAGUCAAAUUGCAAGUCAACUUCCCUGCAAAUUUGACCGCCAAAUUGUGGACGGUCGAAAUGUCGAAUUGCGAGAUCAUCCUCGAAGGAGCUGAAGGAGAACCGGAACAGAGAUUGGAGAUCCUUGAAAUUCAUGAAAGACCCGGAAAGUUCAAGAGAGCCUUGCCAGCGCUUCCGUUGCCCCUUGCCAUCAUUUUCUGCAUAAUCAAUUUCGUUUUGCCUGGAUUCGGUACGAUCUUCGCGGGAACCUACGCGAGAUUGAGCAGCAGAGACACGGAACAAGUCCGAAUCUUGUCAUCCACGGGCGCAGCCAUGACAUCAUCGGCAACGAACAAUGCGCAAACCAACGACUCGCCGAUUAUACAGGCACCUCCCGUGCCGCCAUUGACGAAGCAGGAGAAGUUCAGUCUCAAUAUCGGAGCAGGAAUCCUUCAACUUCUCGGCACUCCGAUUUUCCUCGUCGGUUGGAUUUGGAGCAUCAACUGGGGGAUUGUUCUGAUCUCUCUUUCCAUGCAAAAGCGGAUGGAAACCGCGAAGAACACGGGAGAAGCAGAAUCAAACAACGCGUCACUGCUGGCUGAAACAGGGAAGACUUAAAAUAUUGAAAGAAUCAGCGGGACUGCAAAGAAAUUUGAAUCAUUUAUCUCCUCUACAAAGAGUUAUCGUCGCAAAAACCUGAAAUUCCGAGCUUGUUUGUUUCGCGGAAACGCGAUGAUCGUCUGCGUAUAUUAAAAUGAAGUGUGAAUUGCGCGAUUUUUGUUUUGUUUUGGAUAACACAUGAAUGUCGUUUUCUAGAUUGUGGAAGAAUGCUUGACGUAAUGAAAAUGAAAAGCCUACAUUUUCCCUGAAAUUUUUGUGGAGCCAUGACGAAAUCGGUUUUUACGUUUUUUUGAGGAACUGCAUGACAACAUACGCAGCAAAUAAAAUUACUUUCACCCUUAGGAGAGCGUCA